AUGAUCGCCGAUUCAUAUUUUAUAAAACUGUUCGUGCGUCUAUUCCAAGCCAACGACUUGCAGCAUCUGCUGUUGGUCUUCGUUAGCAUUUUAAGUGUAAUCAGUUUCAUACAGUGGCUGAUUAAUUUAUAUCGCGAAGUGCGCAAAUUGCCACCGGGUCCUUGGGGUUUUCCCGUCAUCGGCUAUUUAUUGUUCAUGGGCAAUGAGAAACAUACGCGUUUCAUGGAACUAGCUACAAAAUAUGGUUCACUCUUCUCGACACGUUUGGGUAGCCAAUUAACCGUAGUAAUGAGUGAUUACAAAAUGAUACGUGAAUGCUUUCGACGUGAAGAGUUUACUGGACGGCCCGACACGCCAUUUAUGCAGACAUUAAAUGGUUUUGGUAUUAUCAAUAGCACAGGAAAGUUAUGGAAAGAUCAGCGUCGUUUUCUUCAUGACAAAUUAAGGCAAUUCGGCAUGACCUAUAUGGGUAACGGCAAACAUAAUAUGGAAAAGCGGAUAAUGGCCGAAGUUGAAGACUACAUUAAUUACUUAAGAAUAGCCGACGGUCAACCAAUGGAUAUGGCACCAGCUAUAUCGGUAGCAGUCAGUAAUGUUAUUUGUAGUAUUAUGAUGUCGGUGCGUUUCUCCAUAAAUGAUCCUAAAUUUCGUCGUUUCAAUUAUCUAAUUGAGGAGGGUAUGCGUCUCUUCGGUGAGAUUCAUACCGUUGAUUAUAUACCGACCGUGCAAUAUCUACCCAGUAUAUUGACGGCAAAAAAUAAAAUUAUUAAAAAUCGUAAAGAAAUGCAAAAAUUCUAUCAAGAUGUUAUCGAUGAGCAUAAAAAAACAUUUGACUUAACAAAUAUACGGGAUUUAAUUGAUUUCUACUUGGCUGAAAUUGAAAAAGCAAAGACCGAAGGCAGAGACGACGAGUUGUUUGAUGGUAAAAAUCAAGAAGAACAAAUUGUUCAGGUUAUAAUUGAUUUAUUUUCGGCCGGUAUGGAAACCAUCAAGACAACUUUAUUAUGGAUAAAUGUUUUUAUGUUACGCAAUCCGGCAUCGAUGAGAAGAGUACAAGAUGAAUUAGAUCAAGUGGUAGGACGUCAUCGUCUACCGUCUAUUGAAGAUUUACCAUUUUUACCUAUUACCGAGUCCACUAUAUUAGAAUCAAUGAGAAGAUCUAGUAUAGUACCUUUAGCAACUACGCACUCACCAACAAGAGAUGUUGAGGUAAACGGUUAUAAAAUACCGGCUGGUUCGCAUGUUAUACCGCUCAUUAACAGUGUGCAUAUGGAUCCAAAUUUAUGGGCUACACCGGAAGAAUUCAAUCCAAAACGUUUCCUCGAUGCUGAAGGCAAAGUCCGCAAACCUGAAUAUUUUAUACCUUUCGGCGUGGGCAGACGCAUGUGCUUGGGUGAUGUCUUAGCGCGUAUGGAACUAUUCUUAUUCUUCUCUUCAUUUAUGCAUUCGUUUCACAUAACAUUGCCCGACGGUCAACCAUUACCUAGUUUGAAAGGUAAUGUCGGAGCUACCAUAACCCCAGAAUCGUUUAAGGUAUGCUUAACCCCAAGACCAUUGAUAGUAAACAUUGUGGAAACGCAUCAUAUGCGUAAUGUAGGUUCAAAUUAAAGGAAAGUAAGCCAGAAAGAGAAACGAAGAGAGAUCGAGAGAGAGAUAAAGGGAACGAUUUAUUAUCCAUAAAUUUUCAAAGUAAAUUAUUAAACUUUGAACGAUAAUAAUUGGAAACAAUUUAGGAAAAAACAACAAAAAAUAAAAUAAAGGUAAGCCUUGAGCACGGUUCCGUUCCUAAAUGACGUUUAAACAUUAUCUUGCUAACGUCAUAAACAGUAUAAUAAAAAAACAAAAACGAAAAGAGAAGAAACU